UCAGUCCUACCUUGAUCUCACAGCCCAGCCGCACCCGACAUGGUACAUUGUGAGUGUUAUCCACACCGAGGCUGCCACCAUUCCUUCAGGACAUAAGAACUCGAGUUGAGGACCUUGACGACCACAUGGACAUGGCCAGUUCAGGUGUUGGCCAUGAAGCCAUUGGUGGAUCAGACGAGGAAGAUCCCACGGCCAUUGCCAGGCCGACUGAGCACGGACUUGACCCUGGAGACCACACGGCCAUUGCCAGGCCGACUGAGCACGGACUUGACCCUGGAGACAUCACGGCCAUUGCCAGGCCGACUGAGCACGACCUUGACCCUGGAGACAACACGGCCAUUGCCAGGCCGACUCAGCAUGGACUUGACCCUGGAGACAACACGGCCAUUGCCAGGCCGACUGAGCAUGAACUUGACCCUGGAGACAACACGGCCAUUGCCAGGCCGACUCAGCAUGGACUUGACCCUGGAGACCACACGGCCAUUGUCAGGCCGACUGAGCAUGAACUUGACCCUGGAGACAACACGGCCAUUUCCAGGCCGACUGAGCAUGGACUUGACCCUGGAGACCACACGGCCAUUGCUUCACCAGGGUGUCAACCUUUCGUCUCCAAGCCAAGGCGUGGUGGUCCAGCCACUGGCAUCAUUCUUGCCAACUCGAAGUACGUCAACAUCUCCACUGGGCAGAUGGUACCGGGAACUGUCGGAGAAGAUACUCUUGAGCUGCGCCUUACUGAAGCAAGGAAAACAUUUAUUGAAACAGAAAUCUACAGAACAGUGAAGCAAAAAGUAAAGCUGUUUGGUCAUGUGACCAUCUAUGGUGCCUCUGGAGAAGGGAAGACAACGAUGGCUCUGAUGUUGGGUUCACGUUAUAGAAACCGAGGUUACCAGGUCGUGUUUGUGGACAGCAUUGAGAAGUUUGACUUGGACAGCUGCCUCAGUUCUACACCGAGAGUAUUUCUUAUCAUUGAUGACAUGUUUGGCACUGCUGGCUUGUCCACUAAUGUUCCACUGAUUAAAGCAUUUCUAAAUGAUCUUAUUCUCCAUAUAGACCACUGCAAACAGUCCCGUGAACAAAUACACUCAGUUUUGCAAGAUGGAGGUAAAUCCAGUAACGAUGACAAAAGAAAAAGUCAAACAAAGGACAUUCGUGUCAUUUUCACAUCAAAGUCAUACAACUUCCACGACGGACUUGCACAACUGCACUUUGAUUGUUUCCCCCUGUUUGAGGAACAAACAGUUAUGAAUAUAACUUUACAUGAUGUAAACUGUCUUUCCUCAGCAGAGAAACAGGAAAUAUAUGAGAGACAUAAGAGCAUGCUAGAUGAAUGCUCCAAAGCUGACUUACCUGAAUACAAUGAUUUGGAAACAGAUUCAAAACUAUUUGGAUUUCCCCUGAUAUGUAAACUUGCUUCUUUUUCAAAAAAUGUCAGAAAGCUUUUCAAGGAACCCUUGUCUUAUUUGAGGGAGGAACUCAAUGACAUAAUUACUUCUAAGAAUGAUAGAUCUGGUGUGUUAGUCCUGAUGUUAUUGUGUGAAGACAGAUUAAAAUUGACAAAGUUAGAAAGUGAGGAUGAGGACCAGGACUUGGAUACGAAAGUCAAACAUGUGAUACGUCUCAUGCCUACCGCUACACGCUCUGGGAUGUGUCAAGCAGCAAGGCUAUUCAGAGGUACAUUCUUCACAAGAGGAGACACUGUAGGCUUUGCUCAUUCUUCAAUCUAUGAUGCUUGUGCCUGUGUCUUAUAUAACAUCAAUCCAAGUUUUGUUUUGAAGCAUUGCAGUGAAGACUUUCUGUACGAGCGUGUACAACAAGGAACAGUAAAAGAAACAAAAGUUGAUGAACAUCUUCACUUGAUAUUCGUUUCUGAAGAGUAUCAUGAGCUUCUUACCACACGGCUUGCAAAUUCUCUGAAACAGGGACAUUUUUCUAAGUCAGUAACACAUCCAAUUCUUAAGCAAGACAAACAAGCUGAACAACUUCUUGAAAGACUACACUUUGAUGGGACGAAAAAUGAAUCCAUAGACAAUGCCUGGUUUCACCAAAGAGAAAAAGGAAAAUGUUUUUUGUAUUGGGCUGUUCUUGGACAUAAUCCACAUUUGGUAACAAGUGUUGAGAACCAAACUGGAGAAGUGUUUACACAAGACGAGAUCAGAGAGGGUAUGGAAGGUUGUGCCCAAGUAAACAACCUGACAUUACUACAAUGGCUACUCUCCAGGAGUGAUGAGCAUGACCGGAUCAACAGGCUGAACAGGCUCAUGUUUGCAGCAGCAGAAAAUGGAAGUACUGCAACACUGUUGUAUCUGCUGAAUGAAGGGGCGAAUCCCCAUACUUGUGACUCGAUGAUGCAAAACAUCUUCCAUUUGGUAUGUAAAUCACGACAUGAAAACACACUUCGUGCACUGCUAAAUGUAUCGGUAAACAAACUUGUUAUAGACAGUGUUGAUGUUGAUGGCCACACUCCUCUAAUGAUUGCAGCAGGAACAGGGUCAGGGGAUUGCUUCCAGCAGCUCAUGCCAUUCUCAAAUCUGGAUGUUCUGAACACGUAUGGAAAUGGUGUUAUUCACCUUGCUUGUAAAGGAGGGAGCAUUGUUAUUGUUAAGGAACUGUUACCACCAAUUUGUAUCAACAAAAAAGGAAUGAAUGGAUGGACACCGAUAAUGGUUGCUGCUGUUUUUGGACACAAAAGCGUCUUUGACUUCCUGGAAUCAGAGGGGGCGGACCUAUCGCUGGUUGAUACAAAUGGUAAUAAUUUACUUCAUCUUACCUGUGUGGGAGGGAACAUGGCUAUUGUUCAACAUCUGCUGUCAGAUUAUAACAUCAACCAAAGGGGAAUGUUUGGGUGCACACCGAUAAUGGUUGCUGCUGUCGUCGGACACAAAAACGUGUUUGACUUCCUGGAAUCAAAGGGGGCAGACCUCUUGCUGGUUGAUACAACUGGUAAUAGUUUACUUCAUCUUGCCUGUCGGGGAGGCAGCAUGACUAUUGUUCAACAUCUGCUGUCAGAUUCAAACAUGAACCAAAGGGGAAUGUUUGGGUGCACACCGAUAAUGGUUGCUGCUGUCAAUGGACACAAAAGCAUGUUUGACUUCCUGGAAUCAAAGGGGGCGGAGCUAUCGCUGGUUGAUACAAAAGGUAACAGUUUACUUCAUCUUGCCUGUCAGGGAGGCAACAUGACUAUUGUUCAACAUCUGCUGUCAGAUUCAAACAUCAACCAAAGGGGAGCGAAUGGAUUGACACCGAUAAUGUUUGCUGCUUUCAAAGGACACAAAAGAAUGUUUGACUUCCUGGAAUCAGCGGGGGCGGACCUAUCGCUGGUUGAUACAACUGGUUAUAGUUUACUUCAUCUUGCCAGUGUGGGAGGCAACAUGACUGUUGUUAAACAUCUGCUGUCAGAUUCCAACAUCAACCAAAGGGGAAUGAAUGGACGGACACCGAUAAUGUUUGCCGCUGUCUUCGGACAGAAAAGCUUGUUUGACUUCCUUGAAUCAGAGGGGGCGGAACUCUCUCUUGUUGAUACAGAAGGUAACAGUUUACUUCAUCUUGCCUGUGUGGGAGGCAACAUGACUAUUGUUCAACAUCUGCUGUCAGAUUCUAACAUCAACCAAAGGGGAAUGAAUGGGUGCACACCAAUAAUGGCUGCUGCUGUCAAUGGACACAAAGGCGUGUUUGACUUCCUGGAAUCAGAGGGGGCGGACCUAUCGCUGGUUGAUACGGAUGACAACAGUUUACUGCAUUGUUGCUGUGCAGAAGGCAACAUGACUAUUGUUCAACACCUGCUGUCUGAUUCAAACAUCAACCAAAGGGGAAAGAGAGAACGGACACCGAUUAUGGUUGCUGCUUUCAAAGGACACAAAAGUGUGCUUGACUUCCUGGAAUCAAAGGGGGCGGACCUAUCGCUGGUUGAUACAGAUAGUAACAGUUUACUUCAUCUUGCCUGUCAGGGAGGCAACAUGACUGUUGUUAAACAUCUGCUGUCAGAUUCUAAUAUCAACCAAAGGGGAAUGAAUGGACUGACACCGAUAAUGUUUGCUGCUGUCAAAGGACACAACCGCGUCUUUGACUUCCUGGAAUCAGCGGGGGCUGACCUAUCGCUGGUUGAUACAACUGGUAAUAGUUUACUUCAUCUUACCUGUCUGGGAGGGAACAUGACUAUUGUUCAACAUCUGCUGUCAGAUUCCAACAUCAACCAAAGGGGAAGUUACAGAUUGACACCGAUAAUGGUUGCUGCUGUCUUCGGACAGAAAAGCGUGUUUGACUUCCUGGAAUCAGAGGGGGCGGACCUAUCGCUUGUUGAUACAGAUGGUAAUAGUUUACUUCAUCUUGCCUGUCAGGGAGGCAACAUGACUAUUGUACAACUUCUGCUGUCUGAUUUAAACAUCAACCAAAGGGGAAAGAGAGAACGGACACCGAUUAUGGUUGCUGCUUUCAAAGGACACAAAAGAGUGCUUGAGUUCCUGGAAUCAAAGGGGGCGGACCUAUCGCUGGUUGAUACAGAUGGUAACAGUUUACUUCAUCUUGCCAGUGCGGGAGGCAACAUGACUAUUGUUAAACACCUGCUGUCAGAUUCUAACAUCAACCAAAGGGGAAUGAAUGGACUUACACCGAUAAUGUUUGCUGCUUUCAAUGGACACAACAGCGUGUUUGACUUCCUGGAAUCAGCGGGGGCGGACCUAUCGCUGGUUGAUACAGAUGGGGAUAGUUUACUUCAUCUUGCCUGUCGUGGUGGCAACAUUACUAUUGUUAAACACCUGCUGUCAGAUUCUAACAUUAACCAAAGGGGAAUGAAUGGACUUACACCGAUAAUAAUUGCUGCUUUCAAAGGACACAACAGCGUGUUUGACUUCCUGGAAUCAAAGGGGGCGGACCUAUCGCUGGUUGAUACAACUGGUAAUAGUUUACUUCAUCUUACCUGUCUGGGAGGGAACAUGACUAUUGUUCAACAUCUGCUGUCAGAUUCCAACAUCAACCAAAGGGGAAGUUACAGAUUGACACCGAUAAUGGUUGCUGCUGUCUUCGGACAGAAAAGCGUGUUUGACUUCCUGGAAUCAGAGGGGGCGGACCUAUCGCUUGUUGAUACAGAUGGUAAUAGUUUACUUCAUCUUGCCUGUCAGGGAGGCAACAUGACUAUUGUACAACUUCUGCUGUCUGAUUUAAACAUCAACCAAAGGGGAAAGAGAGAACGGACACCGAUUAUGGUUGCUGCUUUCAAAGGACACAAAAGAGUGCUUGAGUUCCUGGAAUCAAAGGGGGCGGACCUAUCGCUGGUUGAUACAGAUGGUAACAGUUUACUUCAUCUUGCCAGUGCGGGAGGCAACAUGACUAUUGUUAAACACCUGCUGUCAGAUUCUAACAUCAACCAAAGGGGAAUGAAUGGACUUACACCGAUAAUGUUUGCUGCUUUCAAUGGACACAACAGCGUGUUUGACUUCCUGGAAUCAGCGGGGGCGGACCUAUCGCUGGUUGAUACAGAUGGGGAUAGUUUACUUCAUCUUGCCUGUCGUGGUGGCAACAUUACUAUUGUUAAACACCUGCUGUCAGAUUCUAACAUUAACCAAAGGGGAAUGAAUGGACUUACACCGAUAAUAAUUGCUGCUUUCAAAGGACACAACAGCGUGUUUGACUUCCUGGAAUCAAAGGGGGCGGACCUAUCGCUGGUUGAUACAGAUGGUGACAGUUAACUUUUGUG